ACCAAGAGCGGCACUUCAUUGAGUUACAGACUACAAUCUGGUGUGCGUCGAUUUCACGUCCGUCACUCAGUCAUUGCCACGCGCUUUAAAAUUUAUUUAAAAAAAAAUAAAUAAAUAAAUAUUCCAAUUUAAAUUUCGAAUAUAAGUGAUUAAAAAAAAAAAAAAAAUAGUGCAAUUUUUUCAAAUAAAAACAAUAAAGCAUUUUGAAAAUUGUUUUCAAAAAAACAGUGGUACGAAUAAAAAGUGAAGAAAUAUUUUCCUUUGAAAAUAUAUAGACAAAAAAAAAAGUUCUCCAACAAUUUUUCAAUGAGCAACAAACAAAAAGUUUUAUAUUUCAAAAUUUCUAACGAAUACAAAAAUUGACAUAAAACGUUUUUUGUCAAAAAACUGAAAAGUGGAAAUUUUUUUGGAAACUAAAUAGAAGUGCUUUUUUGAAUUAUUUUCCAUUUGUUAUAAGUUUCUGUUAACAAUUUAUGGAUCUACGCAUUCACAUGUGUUUCGCGCUCUUUUUAUAAUGGCCACGUGACUCGAGAUUUGAAAAUCCCGGCUAUUUUUUUAAAAAGUGUUGUUUCUUGUGUGAUACACUAUAUAUAACAAAAAAAAAAAAAAUAGGAAAAUAAUACUUUACCGCGGAUGAUUUCUCAUAUAAAGUGGAAGGUCAAGGGUACGAUUUUAAAUGUAAAGCAAAUUUUGCAGUGAACCAAAAAGUGAAGCGUGUUCGUGUCUUUGAACGCACAUGACAAUUGAAUAGUGAACAACUCAAGUUUCGCGCACGAUUUGCGAGAACGUGGGAAUCUUAAUUGGAUUCCUUUUGUGAAAGGAACGGAUUCACAUUUUUGUCAAUUUUCAAUCAGGUUCAUGAGAGGGAUGACUUGCCUUCACAUCAAACAUCUGCUGAAAUGAAUCACAAAGAUAUUCUACAUUUGAAAACGUCAUCAAUUUGUUUUUCUAAUCUAAAAAGUUUUAGUGCAGUGAAUAAUAUUCAAUAGAAAAAAAAAAUAUAUAUAUAUAUAUAUAUAUAUAUUAAAAUUAACGAUUUCAAUUAUAUCGAAAGUGUAGGGAAUUAAUAAAUUUUAAAUGGGUCAAGACGAAAACAGUUCGAAAAGUUCAUCGAACAAGGAUUCUGAUACAAAACGAACUAAGCCAAAUUGUGCGCGUUGUCGUAAUCAUGGAUUGACUAUUCGUCUUGCUGGUCAUAAAAUUUUUUGUAGAUUUCGACGAUGUGAGUGUGAAAAUUGCAUUAUUCUUAAGCAACGACAACGUAAUAUGGCAGAUAAUACUGCAUUAAAACGACGAAUAACCGAGACAACAAAUCACAAGAUACAGCCUGGAGAGUUGGAUUAUCUGGAUGACGAUUUACUGGUGACCCUUCCUCAAACGAAGAGGAUGAAAAAAAAAUGUGAUGGUAACAGUAGUAAUUCAUCAAUAAGUGAUCAUGACAGUCUUGGAGUACCAAGCAGUGUUGGAGAUGAGAGAAUUCCAUCGACGAGUAAAGUAUCACCUUUAGACCAAAUUCCACAACCAUUGCCCAGCACAAGCAAUAGUGGAAUUGAUUUGCUGUUUACGCACAGUAUAGAAUUUUUAAAGCACUUUUGUUAUUCCUGGGACAGAUUGCAUCUGACGUUAAUGUACGUUAUUUUAAAAGACUCUAAGAUGAAUAUGGAAGAAGCGGCAAAGAAAAUCGAAGAUGCAAACAGCGACAUCUUGGAAUAUUCACGAAAAAUGUAUCAGAAUAGACCGGAGUUACUGCGUGAUUUUAAACCAGAAUACAUGAGGGAAAUAAAACCGGAAUUACUGCGUGAUAUUAAACCAGAAUUCAUGACGGAAUUGAAAGCUGAUUUGUCAUCAAUUAAGCCGGAACAGUACCAAUUGAAGUCAGAAUUACCAUACCCAUUGAAGCCGGAAUUAUUGUGCCAAAUAAGGGCGGAACAAUACCAAAUGAAAUCAUCAAUACCGUAUCCAAUAAAACCAGAAUUAUUAUAUCAAAUAAAACCAGAAUUGCAGUUCCCAUGUCUCAAUAUACCAUUCAAGUCCCUUGGUGCUCCAACGUACGUUGAUCGUGUUCCAGUUAUCGGUGGAAUUCCUCCAGGAUAUGGAGGACUUCCAGGAUUUUUUAGCCGUUUAAAAAUUCCGCCGAGUCAUGAUUGUCUUCCGGAACCUUCCACCACAUAACCCUGAUUGACCUAAAGAAAAGCAACUUCACGCAUGGAGACUGAAUGUGGCUGAUUCCAAAGAAGAAAAUUGAACCGAAUUAAAAGAAGAUGAAAAAAAAAGAAGUUGAAGAACGACUUCGGCAAAAAGCCAGAAAUCCUUUGUUAUUCGACUUCAUUUAACAUCAAAUUUGCUGUAUCUCCUAUCAAUCGAUUGUUCUCUAAAUAAUAUGUUUCUUAAAAAUUCGGCUACGAUAUUCAAAAUUAUAUAUUAUUUGUAAAUUAUUAAAUUUCAUCAAAAAACUGGGCCAGCGAUUUAUUCAAUUUUCUUUUCAACUCCAAUGGAGACAAUCCAAUGGAAUCGAAAACAAAAAAAAAAAAAAAAAAAUUAUAGAGUUUCGCUAAUAAAAAAAAAAAAAGUGAGAAAAAGUUACUUGACAGAAAUUAAACAGAAAAUCGCGGAAAAUAAAAUAGAUUGCAGAUUGUUAUUCGUUGUCACUCUAAAAUAUUUUUAAACAUUCUUUUUAUAAUUAACGAAAUUCAAUAUUAUCUUUUUUAUUAUUCAAAUUUUUUAUUUGUAAAAAUUGUUUCUUUUUUUUCUAAAAUAUUUCUAAUUAAAUUUCUAUAGCAAAAAUUUUAUAUAAAUGAGAAAAAGAAAAAAAAAUUAAUUUUGCACACAAAAUUGUUGGUUGUCGAAGAAAAAAGACAUUUGGUCAGAAAAUGAAAAAAAAAAAAACGCGUUUGCCUUUUCAUUCCCACCUCGAAGGGGUUAAUUUUUACACAAAAAUAAAAUCGAAUUAGGCCGCGCCACCAGUUGUACCGGACAUGGUAACGGCAAGGAGGACGAAAUUGUUCGUUGGCAUGAAAAGAGAGCAGGUUCGUGAUAAAGCGACAGCAGGAAGCAUCGACCACAAUUAACCGUAAAGAAGAGUAGUCCGAGUGUGCGAAAUAAUAAUACUGCCGAAUGAGAAAAGAUGCGAAAAAAUAAGAAGUGUGGUACAAGAAAGCAUGGGGGGGGGAAAAAGAAAAGAAAGAGAAAAACGAAGAAAAGUGAUUGAAAAUUGUGAAAUAAUUAUUCAUUUUUAUCUUUAUAUUUCAUUAAAUUUUCUUUUUUCAUUUCACUAUGCUGAUUUUCAUCGUACUUAUUACUUAGAAAUUUAAUUUUUCGACUCAAUUAUCAUAAUCUAAAAUGUUUACAAUUCUUAUACAAGAAAGCAGACGACGAUUUGCUGUUUACGUUGGUAUCACUGACUUUCUGUUGCCAUGACAACACGUGCGUUAGAAAAGGACAAAAAAAAAAUGUAUAGGCAAAAAUAACUUUAUACGGUGAAAAUUCGCUUUUGAAUAAAAAAAAAAAAAAAAAUUAAGAAAAAAUACUUAAUGAAAUAAAAAAAAAAGGGAAAUGUUAAGAGAAAAUGGAUAUGAAUGAAAAAUACAUAAAAUUGCUGAACUAAUAAAAUUGCGUAUAUACAAUGUAAGUCAGUUUGCAAAUUUGUUAGUUCCUUUUUAUUUAUUUAUUAUUAGAAUGGAAAGUCAUGUAUAAUUUCUCCAGGAGACUCUUAGUUAAGUCUUUUUUUUUUAUCGUUAUUUUAGAGACUAUAUUCUAGAUUUAGAGAUGUAAGCAGUUUUUGUUCCAUUGUUACGUGCGUGUAUACAAAAACCAGAUGUACUGAACACAAUAUAUUGAGUUGUGGUUGAGAAAAGGAAGCAACGCAUCUUAUUAUAAAUAUAUACAUAUAUAUAUAUUAUAAUUCGGUUAAAGUGAUAAUAAAAGUUGGAACUUUUUCUCUUUUGUUUGUAACAAAGAUUUUGAUUUGUAUAAAAGUUACAAAACAAUGCCCCCUAUCCUCUCUUCGAUUCUUUAAUGUUUGUUGAUGUGCGUGAUUGAGAGUGUAAAUUUGGCGUGUUUGUUCAUUGGUGUGUUUGGGAAAAAAUUUUUUUUUGCGAAAGAUUAUCUUUGAGGAAAGUAACGAACUUGUUACUAUGAAGUUAAAAUCUCUUGUUUGGGAGGAUUUUUUUUUUUGGACGUAACGAACCCAAAGUACGAACACAUUUUCCCCAUUCGUUCUAGACUGCUUCGUGGGUCUAUGGAAUUAUUUUUUUUUCUAUUUUUUUUUUAGGAAUUUGUGGUACGUUAAGAAUCCCUCCUUGAACAAAUACUGCCAAUAAUUUAUUGCGCUCGAAAAUUUGUUUAGAAAACAGAAAUGAAAAACAAAGGGGAAGUUUUUUAAUGAUGGUUAUUAUACAGGAAUUUUUAUACAAUUUUUUUUGGGGAUUUUGUUUCAAUUCUUUUUAGCUAAUUUUGAAUUUCGUUAUAUAAAAACUGUUACGUUGUGAUUUUUUUUUUUAAAAAAAGUAAGAAUUUGAAACAAAAUUUAUUUUAUGAACCAAUGUUACAUAAAACAUAAUUUCUUUUAUUUCCACAAGUUUAUUGUUCUGUUAACAAAAAAGAAAAAAAAAAUUUCUGUUUUAUUUUUGUUUCAUUUAAGAUUACUUUUUAAGAUAAUUUGUAUAAAGACCGUCGUUUAAGAUUGUGUCUCUAAUUUUAAGAAUGUAAAUUUUUUUUUUGUUAAGAUCACGUAUGUACAUUAAAAGAAAUAAUUGUACUUUUCUUGUGAUAGCCACAAAUUUCUUAUAUAUAUAAAUAUAUAUAUAAAAAAAAUAUCUGUAGUUCUUAGAAUGACUGAGUGUUCAACUUUAGGUUCGUAUGUCAACGUCAUACGUUUUAAUCUUAAAUUUAAGUACCGUCGCCAUAUUUUUUUAAAAAUAACUUUUAAUCAUAAUAGCCCUAUAUGUCUAUGUGUAUACGCUAUAGAGAAACGACUUUUAAUUUAAAAAAAAAAAACAAUUAAUUUUCUUUUCUGAAGAGACUGGCCGUUAAUCUCAAUCAAAAUUCCACUAUAGAAUCGAGAUAAAAAUCGUUUCUUAAUGGUUAAUAAUUAACGGAAUUUAAUUCCAUUCAAUAACAACAAUAAAAAAAAUGGAAUUCAUAAAUAGGGAAACGAAUCUAUUAUCUCAAUCAUAUUAUGUCAAAAAGAUUAGACCGUUCUACAUAUACUAUAGAUAAUUAUUGGUCGUCUCUGGACAUCAAUGCGUUCUUAGAGUCCGUUUAGACGAGCAUUUUGUAAAUCUUCUUUUUCUAUAAAGAAUUUUUAGUUUUUAAAACGGUGGACUUUAAAAUGGGUUUUAUUUAUGUCAUUUGUAACUUGUACACACACACAUACACAUAUAUAGAAAAUAAUAAAAACAAGGGAUUAUAAGUACGAUUUUAAUGCUCGUCUAAUAUAUUCGGUUCUUUUAUGUAUUGGUGCAAACAAAAAAAUUUGUUUGUACUUUUACAAUAAAAGCACUUUAUGAACUAUAAUAAAUUAAGACUAACAUGACAUUGUAAGAAAUAAAAAAAAAAAAAAUUCAGAUGAAAAUAAAACGAGAAGUGUACGAAUUGUAUGCACGAAUCUGUUCGUGGAAUCAGUGUACUACUUGCUGUGUUUUAAACGUUCAAUUAUAAUAAACAAAUAACGAUCGAAAGUUGA